AUGUUAUCAAAUUCAAUAUCAUCAUCAACAACAACAACAUCAUCAUCAACCUCAGCGUUAUCAAAUUCAAUAUCAUCAAUAACAUUCACAACAAUUUCAUCAUCAGCAACAACAACAACAACAGUAAUACCGAAAUGGACAAUAACAGGAAGUAUGAACGUUGCACGACGAACACACACAGCAUCCAUAUUAGUAAAUGGAUUAGUAUUAGUUACUGGUGGACACAGCAGCGGUGGUAAUGUCAGUAACACUGAAUUGUACAAUCUAUCAUCAAGCACUUGGGCAAUCACAGGAAACAUGAAUGUCGUACGACAACGUCACACAGCAUCCACAUUAGCAAAUGGAUUAGUAUUAGUUACUGGUGGAUCCAGCAGUCUUCUUAACAUUCUCAAUAGUGCUGAAUUGUACAAUCCAUCAACAGGCACUUGGACAAACACAGGAAGCAUGAAUGUCGCACGACGAACACACACAGCAUCCAUAUUAGAAAAUGGAUUAGUAUUAGUUACUGGUGGAUCCAGCACUCUUAUUAAUGUUCUCAAUAGUGCUGAAUUGUACAAUCCAUUAACAGGCAAUUGGACAAAUACAGGAAGCAUGAAUAACGGACGAUCUUAUCACACAACAGUCACAUUAGCAAAUGGAUUAGUAUUAGUGGCUGGUGGAUUCACAGGUGCUAGUUAUCUCAAUAGUACUGAAUUGUAUAAUCCAACGUUAGGCACUUGGACAAAUACAGGAAGCAUGAACAACGGACGAUCUUUUCACACAGCAUCCAUAUUAGCAAAUGGAUUAGUAUUAGUUGCUGGCGGAUUCACAGGUGCUAGUUAUCUCAAUAGUACUGAAUUGUACAAUCCGAUGACAGGCAUUUGGACAAAUACAGGCAGCAUGAAUAUCGCUCGAUAUGAUCACACAGCAGUCACAUUAGCAAAUGGAUUAGUAUUAGUUAUUGGUGGACAGACCACCGGUAGUGUUGUCCUCAAUAGUGCUGAAUUAUACAAUCCAUCAACAGGUAUUUGGACAACUACAACAAACAUGAGUAUCGCACGAGAAUAUCCUACGGCAUCUACAUUACCAAAUGGAAAAGUCUUAGUUACUGGUGGAGAGAGUAGUGAUGGUGUUUAUCUCAAUAGUGCUGAGCUUUAUUAA